AUGGGCAACCGUUUAGAACCGUCUAUUGAAGGUAAACUAUCCCCAGUUGAUGCUCAUCGUCUAUCUGUAGCGCACGAUAUUGAAUUAAAUCGUGUUCAUCGUAUGCACCAAGAAUUUCUUUUACACUCGGCGCCUGAUGGUGCAAUGGAUAAAUACGAAUUUCGGCAUUGUUACAAUCGUUAUUUUGUACCACAUCAUCAUUUAAAAGUCAUUCCACAUCAUCAGAAUCGGCAGGCUGAUCGAUGGUUCUCGAAUUUGGAUAAGGAUAAAACAGGUUGCAUUAGAUUUCAUCAAUUUUUAGUCGUUGCUGACAUAUUACAAAAAAAUUCUAUUACCAAAGACAAUCUGGAUAAAUUGAUUGAUUAUCUAAAUACUAGUGAAAACAAAAACGAAAUUACAUUUGCUGAUGGGACAUUAAUCUUAAACUUUUUAAAUGAUUUUUAUUGUGUAGAAGAAGAAUAUUCCACGGAAAAAUUAUGGAAUAAUGUGGAUCAACCAAUAACAAAAGGAAAACUUUUAAAUUUUAUCAUAAAACAUCCAAAUUACAGUAUACACAUUUGA